AUGGGUGAACGCGCUCCGCCAAUUGCUAUGAUCCAGGUCCAACCAAAGUACAAACAACGGCCCAGACGAUCACAUCGAGUUGCGCCAUGGGAGUGGGCCUCUUUCAACAACCAAGCAAGAGAGGACCGUCUCACUCUACAUCACUGGCAGCGCAAACACACUCCCAAACCUCGUCCUCAAGCAGAACAACAGCCGCAGACCGAGUCGGAAGCCGAUGUCGAGAAACAACCAGAGCCCGAACAGCAGCAAAAAGACUAUCAAUACGCCAAGUACAACGUCCAGGUCGAGACUCCUACCUACGACCAGCAUCUAUACGACGCUCAACUACAGGAUCCAGACUGGACAAAGGAAGAGACAGAUUACUUGGUAGAAGCCGUAAAAGACUAUGGUCAAAAGUGGCCAGUCGUCAUUGAUCGCUAUGAGUACCAGCCAGAGCCUGCUGAAGAGGGUGCAGAAGCGCCGCAACCAAAAUCUCGUUCUAUGGAAGAUCUCAAGGCACGCUAUUACACUGUCAGCGCAAAAGUCCUGGCCAAUCACACUCCUAUUUCAUCAAUGACUGGCCCGCAAUACAACCUAUACUCGACCCUGACGUCCUUCAACCCCGUCCAGGAGACAUCACGGAAGAAGCUCGCCGAAGGUCACCUCUACCGUACUCAACUCGAGGUUGACGAGGAAAAUGUCCUGCUCGCCGAACUGCAACGCAUCAUGAUCAAUCAGCAACAACUUGAGAAUGAACGCAAGGAGAUCCGUGACAGACUUGAAUACCCAUCAGCAAGCAACACGGCAGCCGCCCAAUACAGCACGUCCCAACAACUCGGCCAGCUCUUCCAACAACUGUUACAAGCCGAUCGCAUGAAGAAGGAUCGCCGACUAAAAGCUUUGGGCGAUACUCCUGGUGGCGGUCCUCCCACGUCCGCACAGCUCCAGUCCGCUGCAGGCGCAUCCUCUGCCCAUCGCGAUAGUAUCAGCAGUGCUACGGGUGUCCGCAAGGCUGGAGGUCGCGACUCUAUAGCCGGAGGGUCCAGUGCGGGAAUGGAUCCCACAGCACGCGCCCUGACUCCUCACGCCGCCCAUCGUUACUUCGUCACCCAACACGACCGUCUCAACAGCGGUGUCUCGUUUGCUUCUGACCGUCUUCACCGCGCCCGUUCCGCCAAAUCCAUGAUCCAGACUGAGAAAAUCUCUGCUAUCCUCAAUCAUUUGCGCAUUCCCGACAUCAUUCCUCUGCCUACUCAACGCGUCAUCGAAGACUUUGAGAAACUGAUGCAGAAGGUGCACGUCUUGUUGGAUAUGCGCAAGGUAGCGGAUAAAGAGGAGCAAGAGAUUAAAGUCAAGGAGGCCGAAAAGAGGAUCAAGGAGGGCAAAGAAGCUGUCAAGGAAGAGGGCGAAGAUGUCAAGGUUGGACAGAAAAGAAGCGCAUCUGUGUUGAGUAAUGAUGCCCAGGGUGCUACGAAGAGGCCCAAGAACUGA